AGUGACGGUGUUGUCCCGAAGGCCCAGUGACCUCUCAGCACAGCUAGCAAGUGUUCCUCUCUUUAGCAGCGUGGAGAUAAAGACCUUCCACGAGCGGACCGCUCCGGCGGAAGUGCCGGGGCGUCCGUCCGGUCCGUGGUCCGUCCUUCCGUUCCACCGCCCGCCAACAUCCGGCGGCGGGUGGGCGCGCGCAGGGUAACGUCCUUUUGCGCGGACACUCGGCAGGCGGCGGCGGCGUGUGGAUGGAGGCGUCGGCCGCCGGCCGGGCGCGGCGGGGCUGGCGGCGGGCCCGGGACGCGGGCUCCUCGCUAUCCCGGGCCGCUGUCCUCCUCUUUCUCUCCGCCUUCCUUGUGCGGGCGCCCCCGUCAGUUGGAUAUUUGGUUCGAUUACCAAGAGCUUUUCGCUUGACCCAAGAUGCAGUGAAAAUAGUGGGAUCAUCAAGUUUUCCAGUGAAAGUAUAUGUCAUGGUCCGUCAAAGGAGCCCACAUGUGUUAUGUGUAACUCAACGACUGCGAAAUGCUGAACUGAUAGACCCAGCAUUCCAAUGGCAAGGGCCAAAAGGAAAAAUUGUGUCAGAAAACAGCACUGCACAGAUAACAUCCACAGGAAGCCUUGUAUUCCAGAACUUUGAGGAGAGUAUGAGUGGCGUUUACACAUGUUUCCUUGAGUAUAAACCUUCUGUGGAAGAAGUGGUUAAAAAUCUUCAACUAAAAUAUAUUAUAUAUGCGUAUCGUGAGCCUCAUUAUUAUUACCAGUUCACAGCUCGAUAUCAUGCAGCUCCCUGCAAUAGUAUCUAUAAUAUUUCUUUUGAGAAGAAACUUCUUCAGAUUUUAAGCAAAUUGGUUCUUGACCUUUCAUGUGAAAUUUCCUUACUUAAGUCUGAAUGUCAUCAUGUUAAAAUGCAGAGAGCUGGUUUACAAAAUGAAUUGUUCUUUACAUUUUCAGUUUCAUCUCUAGACACUGAAAAAGGACCCAAGCCAUGCACAGAACAUAAUUGUGAUUCUUCCAACAGACUAUCUAAGGCUAAAAAUCUCAUAGAGAGAUUUUUUAAUCAACAAGUAGAAGUUCUUGGCAGACGUGCGGAGCCAUUGCCUGAAAUAUACUAUAUUGAAGGUACUCUCCAAAUGGUUUGGAUUAAUCGUUGUUUUCCUGGUUAUGGAAUGAAUAUCCUGCAACAUCCAAAAUGUCCUGAGUGCUGUGUGAUCUGCAGCCCUGGAUCAUAUAACCCCCGUGAUGGAAUUCACUGCCUUCAAUGCAAUAGCAGCAUGGUGUAUGGAGCAAAAGCAUGCUUAUAGGCUAAUAUCUUAAAUUAUUCAGUGGUUUAUUAAACACAAAAGUAUAUUUUUGAAAUAUUAGUAUAUAAUAAAUCACUAUUAUGUAUUAUGCCAAAAUUAAAUAUACCAGAUUUUACAAAAAGUGGUGUCAUCAUUUUAAUCAAAUACUGUAUUUCCAAAUGCUUUAUGAGGGUUAACAUCCUGUAAUACUUAUGAUUAAUCAAAAAGAAUAAAACAUAAUCACAACUUUUAUUUCAUUUCCUUCACUACUAUUAUAUGACAGAUAUUACUUUAAACACCACUAAUACUUAUGCUCUCUCACAUUGAGAUGUUAUAUUUGAAUAUGAGAAAUUACCAAAAAUUUAAAAAUUUAAAUGCCAAGACAAUACAUGAGGAAUUUACAAAU